GGCUGACGCAGGCAGCACCCUUCUGUAGAAGUAAUUGCCUUGCUGAGAAAACUUUUUGCCUGAGAGCUGGUUCUUCUUUGCAGCACCGAGCACACUUGUUUCUAACAGAGACAUGUGCCACCAUGCCCGGUUAAUUUUUCUAUUUUUAGUAGAGAUGGGAUUCUGCCAUGUUGGCCAGGCUGGUCUGAAACUCCUGACCUCAAGUGAUUUGCCCACCUCGGCCUCCCAAAGUGCUGGAUUACAGGUGUUAGCCACCACGCCCAGCCAUAUUUAAUUUUAAUAUGCAUUAUCUUUAGAAUAAUUUCUUUUUUGAAAAUCUUUUGGAGUGUUUUACUUUCUUUCUUGCUCUUGAAACCUGGCAUAUAGCAGGUUCUCAACAAAUAUUGAAGGAAGGAAUGAGGGUGAGAGAGAGAAAUGGUUUUCCAAGGGCCUGCACAGGAAAGAGACAGAAGGGCUCUAGUUGUCUUCUGUAACUGCUCCCAGCAGCUUCAGGCUCCAGGCAGGGUGCAAGGAAGCUGUCACUACCUGCCAAUAUCAGAUUCUGUGCUGCCUGCCACCACCAUGAUGUCAACUCUAUGGAUGCUUUUGUCUUUUCUUGGCCUUGGGAAGGACCCCAUGGCAGAGGCUGCAGAGACAGACUGGGGGCUUGAAGCAGGCCACUUCAGGGCUACUUUCUCAGACCUCUGCUCUCAGAUGCUUUUACUCUCCCUAACUCUUAAGGAUCCUUCAGAGUACUGCAAGUACUGCUCUGAAUCACAAAACGUCAGAUUGAAACCCAAGGGUGAUGCUCCACAAAUACAGACCUUGAGGUCCCUGUGCAUCAGUCCUUUACUGUGAAGAAACUCCACUGCCUCUGCGAUCUGCAGGAAGAUGUGCAGACACAUGCUUCUCUCUCUCUCCUCUAUGGUACAUCGUCCAUUCAUCCAGUCUUUGAGGUUUUCUUUUCUGCACAGCUGCAUUUGAAUGUAAAGAUACACCUUUGGUGAACUGGGCUGGAGUUUUUCUGUGGUGUUUUUAGUGAGAUCUAAACUUAAAGUGGUUGGUCUUGGAGGAGAAACUGACAAUGUAGCUUCAGAAGAAGAUUUGCUACUGGUGGGCUUGAAAGCAGUUAGUUUAUUAGCACAAUGGUUGCCAAUAUGCAAUUGAUUAGUUUUCGGCUCUUCUUUACUGGAAGCAUUAUCACAGCCAGAAUCUUCAAAUACUAUUGAAGAGGAGGUUCUCUCCCUUGACCUUACAUAAGGAGAAGCUUCAGAAGGACAAAGUUCAAAGGAGUGCCCCUCAUCAUUGCCAUCCAUAGUACCAUCUUCCACAUCACAGUCUGUAAGGCAACUGUCCUGGAGGUUGUAUGCUGCAUCCACUGACUCACUGAUGUCCUCAUGGUCCAUUCCUGAGAAUUCCAGUGGUGAGAACUGGCUCUCAGAUGAACUUGUCUGGUCACAAGAAAUCCCUACUGAAAAAGACCUGCUUCUUUGUGGUGAAGGAGCUAUGAUUUCAAUAUGUUCUUUUGUAAAGAAAGGAUCCAUUCUACGUAUUUUAACUGAUGGUGCAUCCAUUGGGCUAGGAGAGCUGAGUGGCCAGUCUGUGCUAAAAGUGGGAGAAAUACAAAGGGGUAAGAGUGAAUAUAUAUUGAUUAAAGUACCUGAACUGCACCCUCUGUUUAACAAGCUUCAACUAUAAUAAGGCCACUUACCAAAUGACAAACAACAAAACAACAUACAAACUAAAUAAAAACAUGCAAUGUGAGAUAGAGAA